AUGACUGUGGAGGCUGGUCCGACUGAGCUGACACCAGGACGGGAUACAGUAAGCAGCACUUCCCCUCUGAAGUCACAUCCUGCUCCAGAGGAUGUAGACACUAAAGCUGUAGUGAAAACCCAGACUCGCACAGACACUCAGAUUGGAGGCUCCACCAACACAGAAAAAGACAAACCAACAACUGGGAGUGGGACAGAGAAAGAUGAAGAUGAGCAAGAAAUGGAAAAAGAGAAUAAUAAUCCUGACGCUGACAUCUUUGAGGGCUCUAGCAAGACCUCACCUGAAUGGAUCUCCCAGGUAAGUACUGAAGACUCCUUCAUCCAACCAGGAACUGAAUCUCCACAGCAGACCGUUGAAGCAGCCAGUCAGCCGCCUACACACACAGUCAAUCAUCAUGGGGCAAGAUUACAACCUGGGAUCAGAGGCCAAAGGGGGUUGCAGGGUCCACCUGGGCUACCAGGACCACCAGGACCUAAAGGAGACAAAGGCUAUCAAGGUGUUAUGGGCAGAACUGGACAUACAGGAUAUAGCGGCCCCAUUGGUCCUCCUGGGAUGCCUGCCAUUGUUGUAUUUAAAACCUCUGAAGAAGAAUGGGAGGCUUUCAAGAAAAAGAAGAUCUAUAAAAAGCUGAUUUCUUCCUGGCCAAAAGUUAAAGGGCCUCCAGGACCUCCUGGACCUCCUGGAGAUGAUGGACCAAUUGGGCCACCUGGAAUUCCUGGGAAACAAGGACGGAAAGGAGUUCAAGGAAAAAUCGGCAGUCCUGGACCACAUGGUAUGCCGGGUCCUCAGGGCCGAACUGGAAGAGACGGGGCCCCAGGAGAGAAUCCUGAUCCAGGCCCUCCAGGCUUACCUGGUGAACAGGGUCCCAAAGGCUACAGAGGAGAGGAGGGCAGCAAAGGGGAGCUGGGUGAGUGGGGUUAUCAUGGGGAGGCUGGGCCAAAGGGAAACAAAGGACAAAAAGGAGCCAAGGGAAAUAAAGGAGUAGGAGGUGUUACUGGUGUCCCUGGCUACAUGGGACUUCCUGGAGCCAGGGGUCCUUCAGGUUUUCGAGGCACAGCAGGACCUCAGGGAGAGAUUGGAGCUCCAGGCUUCAGUGGACCACCAGGCCCACCUGGCAAAAUGGGUCCCAGAGGAGUUAAAGGUGUCUUAGGUGUUAAAGGACCUCCGGGUCAUCAAGGUGAAAUGGGUGCUGGAGGAGCAGCUGGUCCACAGGGAGAGCCUGGUCCCAAUGGAGUGGUUGGGUUUUCUGGUGUCCGUGGUCCUCAGGUAUAGCAAAACGUUCUGAAGCAGGCAAACUUCUUUUUUAAUGACAAAAAAUACAAGUAAAAAAAUUAUGAUUUUAUUUUCCUCACAGGGUAAUCCAGGACCAGAUGGACUUCCUGGUCCUAAGGGGGACCUUGUCAGUACACUCUAAGGAAAAACAAUCAGAAAUAAAUGCAUUACAUGCAGCAGUAGACUGCAGCAGUCAUUUUAGGGUCAGUCUGUCAUCUGCCCUGUGUGUGUCUCAUCAGGGUGAUCCAGGAGAUGAGGGAGAGAUUGGAGAACUGGGACCAAAUGGACUUCAUGUAAGGCAACAAGGACAAACCCUCUACUUAAGCAACAUCAGUUACAUCAGAGAAGAUAUAAACCCACAUGUGCUGUAUUUAGUUUGUCAUGUUGGAGCUUGAGUUUAUGGUUUAUCUCUCUCAUUUCAGGGAGCCAAUGGGUUUCCAGGAAAGCCUGGACCCUCAGGGUGCUAAAGCUGAGCGAGGUGAGAAGGGCGACUUAGGGUUUAAGGGAGACCUGGGACCUCCAGGGCCUCCAGGUAAACAAGGAUUUAAGGGCCGUCGAGGCCCUUCAGGACUAGAGGGCCUUGGAGGACCAGCAGG